AUGACUAGAGACGACUCUCGAGAUGGAGAUCGUAUUAUUUUGACGACCUAUCCAGGUCAGAGCGUUGUUAAUCCGAUCCCUUUAGAAUGGGGCAAGAUGGAUCCUCAGGAGCGAGGCCCUGUUCUAGUUUCCCGGAAUAAGAAGACCAUCACUCACCGGAAUGCAAUCGGAGCACACGGUGGAAGCUAUUCGAUAUAUAAUGCACUGGCGAUUGCUGCUGGUGACCUUCCCCCCAAUUUCAAGCCGAGUUUCGAGAAUACUGAGCCGAUCUUUGAUUUUCCCCCGCAAGCUGCUUGGGGAGAUAAGAAGAAGAUCGUCGCUAUGGAUCCAUAUGGCCAUGACACGGUAAAGCACUUCAAGAAGCACCUCGAUGAUGGCCUGGAUGUGCGACCAACCAUUGCCGUGACGCGAGCCACUAUGCGUCUAGCCGAGAUCACCGACUCUAUCCGCGAAGGCCGAUUGCAGGUUGAUGGCGACAUUGUCAUCAGCAAGGAGGGCGAUGUCCGCGUAACCAAAGCAGCUGUUGAGCCUGUCUGGUACCUCCCUGGUGUCGCUGAACGAUUCGGAAUCGACGAAGGCACCCUUAGACGCACCCUCUUUGAGCAGUGUGGUGGAAGUUUCCCUGAAUUAAUCACUCGCCCGGACAUCAAAGUCUUUUUGCCUCCUAUCGGCGGUCUGACUGUUUACAUCUUUGGUUCUCCCGAAAAAGUAUCAGAUCCGAAUGUGAAGCUUGCCCUCCGCAUUCACGAUGAGUGCAACGGGUCGGAUGUUUUCCAAUCCGAUAUCUGCACAUGUCGACCCUACCUGGCUUUUGGAAUUGAAGAGGCCAUUAAGGAGGCUCAAAACGGGGGGUCUGGUCUUGCCAUCUAUUUCCGAAAAGAAGGACGUGCUCUUGGCGAGGUUGUCAAGUAUUUGGUUUACAACGCUCGCAAGCGUGGUGGUGACACUGCCGAUAAGUACUUUGCCCGUACUGAGAACAUUGCGGGUGUAAGAGAUAUGCGCUUCCAAGCUCUCAUGCCCGACAUUCUUCACUGGCUGGGUAUCAAGAAGAUUGACCGCAUGCUCUCCAUGUCCAACAUGAAGUACGACGCAAUCGUGAAUUCAGGAAUUCCCAUCUUGGAGAGAAUUCCUAUUCCAGACCACAUGAUUCCCUCCGAUUCUCGGGUUGAGAUUGACGCCAAGAUCAACGCUGGUUAUUUCACUACCGGCAAGACAUACACGGAUGAGGAACUUGCACAGGUCAAGGGUCGGGGAUGGCAAAAUUGGGAAGAUGUUGCUCAUUAA